GAGAUAAAUGUCCCGAAUUUCCAAAUUGCUUUCCCUAAUACUAAUAACUUCACGUAUAUGUAAUUAGUAUGACAUUAGCAUUCCUAUGGAUUAUAUAAGCCUAAAUCACAUAUUAAGAUUUCGUAUUAUUUAUAGGCUCAUAUAAUGGCUGGCAUAGCAUUAACGGCUUUAAAGGAGUACGAACAGGCUUUCAGAGAAUUUUUAACUGCCUACAAGUGUGCUGUAGCUGUCAACCAAACAAAAUUUGCUGGAUUAUUUUCUGAAAUGGCUAAACUUUUUUCCAAACCUUCAGAACGGUCUAAUGACAUGAUAACUCACACAACACAAAAUAUUUUGGGACAUGGACAUGACUGGGCGGAGGCGUGUUAUUUGCUUGCAGAACACAAUGAAUGGGAUUCUGCAAAGAUAGCAUACACACAGUUUGCAAAAAGUGGAGGACCACCUGUAAUGCCUCUCAAUGUCAGUCUAAAGCCAUUCUGCAGUAUAAAACAUAUCAAGAGUAAUCCAUGGGUUGCCGAUAUGAUGCUUUACCUUUUACAGUGUGGAUCAGACAGACACACUAUUUCGCUUGAGGAAGGUGACACAUAUCUUCAUGCUGUCGUUAGAAUAUCAUUGAUUGCAAACAAGCCUAACUUUCUAAAACACCUCGUACAAAAUUAUUGCAAAAAGGCAGAUUUGGACCAGAACAAGCUUGACAGUAAUGGUAACACAUUGAUUCAUAUUGCAAAAAAGGAGAAAAAAGUCAAUAGAAAAGUCAGGAAAAAUGUGACAGAAUUCCUUCAUGGGUGUGGGGUGGAUCGACAUGUUCAGAACAACGAAAAGAAGCAAGCUGGUUCGUACUUAUCUGAUGAGCAAAGAAACAAAGCCCUUAUUGAUAAUAUGCCUACGAAAGGUGGGAUACAAGCAUUACAUUAUAACCAGAGAGAAACCAAGAAUCAAAGGAGUGGAACAAAUGCAGUCGGGCAUGAAAGAAAACACAGAACACGAACAUGUGAAAAUUGUGAAAAGCUUUACCUAAACGCUGUCGAAAAACUAUCAGCUGAUAAAACAGAUGGAAUUAAACUACUCGUAGAUUUAUUAAAUAUGGACCAUGCAAACAAAUGUCAUUCCAUCAUUGAGAAGGCUGUGGAUGAUUUGUCAAAAUACAUAGGAGAAAUAAAUCAAGAAGAUGUAGCAAUCUGUCUAAAUUCUUUACGAAAAGAGAAGUACUUCACGAUCAUAGACAGCCUUGUCAACCACAAAAGAUGGGCACUGCUGGAUUUGACUAUACAGGUGUACAAGAAGAGGUCGUUCGCGUUAAGAGAACUUAAAGCAUUUGCUAUAAAAUUCUCUGUGGAACCGUUGAUCUUAGAUACAUCGUUGGCUUCAGAAGAUGAACUUCGUGUAGCUUGUUGCUUACUAGACAGCGGCUGGCGAAUAGGAGAUGACAAUGGUCGUAUGGCAGUAAAAAAUGCUGUUGAAUUACAAAAAUUCAAACUGGUCAUCGAACUGAUAAAAAGAGGAGCGGAUAUUUCAUGGAUGUCUAUAUACAAUGGUGAUACACCGAUACAUGCAGCAAUUUGUAUUGCCUUGAAAGAGAAACAGUUGACAUUUAUACAAGAAUUGCUACAUAUUCAGGAAGAAGAAAAAGAUAAAUAUUUAUAUCUUGAUCCGGAACAAGUAGAUGCAAACGGUGACUGCAUAUAUCACCUCUUAGCAAAAGCAGACUAUGAUGAUUUUGUUCUUCGGCUUACUGAGAUGCUUUGCAGUAAGAUUAUUUCUGCAAAUUACUGCAAUAAGGAGCGGAAAUACCCAAGUGAUUAUGUAAAGAAAACACAUCCCCGUCUUCUCAAAUUUCUUGAAGAUGCAUCUAAGAUAAAGCCUUCACGUGAACAGGUAAUUUACAAGGAACUUGAAAAUGACGCAAAGAGCAAGUCUUCCGAAGUAGAGACCGAACUUGCUCAGGAAAUCAAAUCUAAACAUCCACCACAAAGCUUAACAGAACAAACUGAAGCGACCAGGAAACAUAUUGAAGCUUUAAUCUCAUCUCUACCAGCAAAUGUUGUAGUCAAAAGUGCUGACAGACACACACAUGAGAUUGAAAAAAUUAAUAAAGAUAUCACACUGACUAGUAGAAAAACCUCCGUAGAUCAAACUAUAACAAAACCAAAAGUGGUUGGGAUGACGGAAAAUAAACACAAAAGUCAACAUAAGAAUAAAGCAAGAGGAGAAAAUGAAAACAGCAAGACCGCAAAGGAUGAAAGGUCUUGUCUUCAAGAAACGGAACAUGUACAAAAAAGGAAAGGUGAAAGAAUAAAAACAUUAGACGAUAUUGCAGAUAAAAUGAGUUUCGCGCCGAAAAAUGUAGAAGAAAAUUACCUUGUUGCCAUAUCAGAAGCUCCGGAUUUGGAAAACGAUGAUAUGUCUGGACCCCCUCCUCUCGAAUCAGAUGAAGUUGUUGAUGGUGGUACACAACAAAUUAGGGUACUAAAUGUCUCGCUACCGGUUAACACCCAAAUUAUUGAAAAGAAGGAGGACGACCAAGACGAAAUAGCAGAUGCAGAUGAAGACUUAGAUCUUGAGAAUUCGUUUGAAAAUCUCACAUGGGAAGUUGAAUAUACAGAUAAAGUGCGGAAAACGUUAGAAGAUAAACAAGUAAUGUCAAAAUUGAAAUGCAAAAUAGUCCGGAUCAUUCGGAUGCUAGCAAGUGGGGACUGGCAGAGGCAUUUAUGUAAAGAGCUAACAAAUGUACCACCAACUCUACGAUUGUUUGAGGCAAAAUUGAGCAAAGGAAGAAGAAUAAUAUGGGAAAAAGCAAUAAGUUUCUCGUCGAGAUGCAGUGACACUGCCGAUCACCGACUGAAGUUCUCUGCCGAGGAUGAUGCAUCACAAGUCCGUGGUGGCAGGAUUUACACAGAACUUAUUAGAGUAUGGGAUAUCGUUAUGGAUCAUGACAAAAUUAAAAGGUCUGUAGAUAGAAUUAAACUUUCACAUCAACGUGGCGAGAGUUGUAUCAUACGAAGAAAACUAAAGGGUUUAAAAAAGGAAAAUGAUCAACGCAUUAGAGCGACCGACAUAGCAUACCCUUUGCUGUUUACCGAAAAUGGUCCUAAAGAUGAUCCAGGGCAUCAAGAAGAGGUGCAACAUUUUCCUCCUGCCAGUGCUAAUGAAACGGAAUACCAUAUUCUGAAGUUCUAUCCUUGGGACACGACGCUUGUUAAGCAUAUCUUGCAGAGCAGCAACGUGAAAGUGGACUUUCCAUUUAAGGUCACUGACUUAGAGCAUGCUAUCAUCAAUUUGAGUGGAAAAGAGGCAAUUUUAUUACUUGGACGCAGUGGGACAGGGAAGACAACUUGUUGUUUAUAUCGACUUUGGAGCCAAUUCAGAUUGUACUGGUACAAUAGGUCAAUCGAUGCGCCAUUACUCCCAGGUUCAGAGAGAACACAAGUACAUGAGAACAAUGACACAAGUGAAUUAGAAGAAACAGCUGAAGAAAGCAACCAAACUACCUGUGAGGGAAAUAUUGAAAACGAAAGCCAUUCUUGCGAGAGAAAUACUAAAAAUGAAAAUACUAAACAUGUAAACGAAGAGAAUUGUGUUGAGGAUUCAGAGACAUAUGAACAUUUUCAUCAGAUAUUUGUUACAAAAAAUCAUGUACUAGCUGCUGAGGUCAGGAAAACAUUUAACGAGUUUAUGAAAGCCGAUGAAAAUUUAUCAAAACAUCAAUCUGAGAAUAUCGACCAAGCUUUACCAAAUCGUUUGCAGGAUUUGCAGGAAAACGCAUACCCGUUGUUUCUCACUUCAAGACAGUUGCUGUGUAAACUUGAUGCUUCUGUUGGCAAUUCAUUUUUCGAGAGAAAUGAUGAUGGAUCGUUGAAGUAUCAUGUUGAUGGUUGGGCGGAUACGGAUGAAGAAAUUACCGAUCUCCAUUUUUUGGAUUACGAUUCCGCUGAUGAAGAUACCGGUAUAGUUGAUGGCACAGUUAAUGACAACGAUGAUGACAUAGGUGUCAAUAGGAGUAGAAAGGAUGAUACUGAUGUAAGAAGGGAAGUUACGUAUGAUAUCUUUGAAAACGAAAUGUGGCCGAAGUUGGAAAGUAAGACAAAUGCAGAUUAUCACCCAUCCCUAGUAUGGACGGAAAUAAUGUCAUUUAUCAAGGGCUCAUAUGAAUCACUUGCCAAACCAAAUGGCUGUCUAUCGAAAGACGAAUAUAUCGACUUAGGAAGAAAAAGAGCACCCAAUUUUUCUGGAGAGAGGGAAGAAAUCUACGAUAUUUUUGUUUUGUAUGAACACAAGAAGAAACAGAGUCGUAUGUUUGAUGAAACGGACGUUGUUCGCAGUGUAUUUCAGAGACUCGCGCAGUUGGAAACAAGUCCAGUUGCAAUACAUCAAAUUUACGUAGAUGAGACACAAGACUUCACACAGGCAGAGCUGUUCCUUCUAAUCAGACUUUGUCAAAAUCCAAAUGACAUGUUUUUAACAGGCGAUACCGCCCAGGGUAUUAUGCGUGGAAUUUCCUUUAGGUUUAAAGACCUAAGAUCUCUCUUCUACCACGUUAAACAAAUGACUGAAGAAGCAAAGAAAACUUCUAAGGCUUCAAAAUCUGUGACAGUGCAUGUACCAAACGAGGUACAUCAACUCACCUACAACUACCGUUCACAUUCUGGCAUUCUUUAUUUAGCUUCAAGUAUCCUAGAGAUUCUGUCGCAUUUCUUCCCAGAAUCAUUUGACCGUUUAGAUCCAGACCAAGGACUCUUCCAUGGUCCAGAACCAAUUCUGCUUGAAUCUUGCAGUUUUAGUGAUCUGGCUGUGUUGUUAAGAGGAAACAAAAGAAAAACGUCCAAUAUUGAGUUCGGUGCCCACCAAGUAAUCUUAGUUGUUAACGACGAGGCCAGAGAUUGUCUGCCAGAAGAACUAAGUUGUGGACUUGUCCUGACCAUAUAUGAAUCUAAAGGCCUUGAAUUCGACGAUGUGUUACUGUAUAACUUCUUUAAAGACUCUCAGGCCUCUAAAGAAUGGCGAGUUGUUACAAAGCAUCUUAAGGAACUAGCGUCAAAAGAUACAAUUAGGUCAUCCCGACAGACUGAGAUGUGCGUUAAAAUUGACCAGGAUGUGUUAUCAUCGAAAGGUCGCCCAAGACCAUUAGACUUUGACCCCAACCAACACAAGAUUCUGAAUUAUGAAUUGAAACAGUUAUAUACGGCCUUGACACGGGCAAGAGUUAAUGUUUGGAUUUUCGACGAAGAUCUUGAUAAAAGAGGACCAAUGUUCGAAUAUUUCAAAGCCCGAAAUCUUGUGAAGCCUGUUAAUGUAACAGAAUUAAAUGAAGAAAGUUUGUCAAAAACGAUAUUUGUGGAGGAAUCUAGUAAUCACGACUGGAUACAACGGGGAGAUUACUUUAUGAAAAAUCGAUUGUAUGGUGUUGCAGCAAAAUGUUUCCGCAGAGGCGGGGAUCAGAAGAAGCAAGUGUUGGCCGAAGCACACGACAAGGCGCUAAUGGCUUCAAGAAAGAAAGAUAAAACGAAAGAAAUAAAAGACAUGAGAGUUGAAUUCCUGUUUGCCGCCGAAAUGUAUUUGAAUUGUCAACACCUGCCUGAAGCAGCCAAAUGUCUUAGUAAUGCGAAGGAGGCGAAGUUAGCUGCAGCUCUUUACAAGAAACUUGGAGAGUAUGACAAGGCCGCAGAACUUUGCAAGAAAAACAGACAGUUUGUAGAAUGUAGCAGAUUAUAUGAACUUUCGGAGAAGUUCAAUAAAGCCGUUUCUAUCUUGUAUGAAAACGGAAUAUACGAUCUCGCCCUUGAUGUAGUAAAAAGAUAUAAAAUGCGUGAAAUGGAAAUGGAGAAGAAUGGUAAUCCGUUGCUAGACCAGCUUAGAGCCAACAAACCUGAUGCAUUAUAUACAGAGGAGAAAAUAAGUCUCAGGGCUGCAGAAGAAUUCCAUAGACGUGGUAACACCAAUAGCAUGCAUGAGGCUGUCAGUAGAUUUCAAUAUGAAGAUGACAAAAUUGAGUUUUAUAAAAGAACUGGAUAUAUAUAUGAUGCUGCGAAUAAGUUGGCUAUUGCAGGUCGGUUUCCUGAGGCUACACAUCUUUAUAUAAUGUCAGGCAAUCUAAAAGAUGCAAGAUGUAUGGCAGAAAGGUCAAGGAAUGACAAACAUAUAGCGAAAAGUUUGCUCGAUAUCUCCAGAGUAACCAUCGAAAACAAAGAUGAUAUGCCAUCAAACCAAGCCGCCGUAAAAGAUGAUUUGCAACAAGCUCUGUCUGUCUUUAAGAAGUACGGAGACAAAAAUAUGUCGGGACAAGUAAUGCUUUUGCAAGCUCAACUUUAUAACGAUGUUAAAUAUGUUUUGUCUGCAGGGAAAGAGUUUAUUGAAUCGCGCCCAUAUCCGAAUGAAGCAGGUUAUGUAGAAUGCUGCAAUCAACUUAAACGUUUCAUGGACCAUAAAAAUCACGAAAUUCUUGAAUUUUUGCUGAAAGGUGCAGAUUGCUUGUUCAAUGUUUGCAAGACUUUUGUCUUGAAAAGUAGCUCUUCAAAUAUAGGAGCUUCGUUAGAGGCAAACUUUCAGUCAUACUGUCAGUUUUAUGGAAUAGUUCAACAAGGCCGUACUAGUCUUGUGACAUUUCCAGCAACAAAACCGCUAUGUGUUAAAAUGAUACAGCACAAUUUCAAGUCGAGCAGUCAUGAGGUUUCAGACUUAGAGCCAGAACGAAGUAUUAACUCGAUCGUAUAUUAUCUGCUGAGAGAAAGUAAACCAUGGUUAAAUUUCGUGAAGACUGCAUUGAUUAAACAACGAGUUUCAUUACAGAAAUGCAGAUCGUUUGCAUUAGGCAAGGACUGCACAUGUAAUAAUGUUGAUACAGAAUCUGGUAACAUGAUGCAUGCAGAACACACAGCAACCACUUUUAAACAAUUGAUUAAAACUGAUUUGCGUUUAAUUGAGUACGAAGCAUAUUGUUAUAAAGCAGAUGACAUUUUAAAAAGUUGCACGAGUAAACAUAGCAAAGGUAUAAAAAAUCUACUGUCAGACAUGAAAGCUGAAGAAAUAUGUAUACAAGCAGAUGAAAGAUACGUGGCAUGUCGUUUCUUAUGGAAAGAUUUUCUUCCAGAAUCUGGACACCCUGGGUUUCUGGCCGAGGACAGUGGUCAGUUUAUAAAACCUGUACGUACUAAUACCGUAGUACUUGCACAUAUGAAGCAUUACUUGCUGAACUGUUGGAACGAAAGUACACAUGGUAAUAGAAAGAUAGAAUGUAGAGCUGCUAUUGAAACGGAAAUAUUCCUUUUGUUUGAAUUUGCAUACCGCCUUUUUCAUUUUGAAACUGGAAAAGUCAGAUUCGAAAGAACACCAAAGCAAGAAAUGAUUUCUUUCGAAAAUGCCCUUGAUAAUGAACUAUUAAAUGGCAGAAAUACAACAGACUUUCUAAAACAGGAAAAGAAGUAUACUUUAAUGUUAUCGUUUGUGGAAACACAAAACACGCCAGAUAGACGAAUAUUCAUUACUUGUGUGGCCCAUAGAUUUACAGAUGCAUAUGGACAUUUGACAAAAGGUGACCCAUAUGCUGCUAUUCUAUCCUUUGCAAAAUUUCAAACGCAGCUAAGUCAGAGAAAACUGCAAGAUAGAUCAAUUGCUUGUUUCUAUCCUGAAAUUCAUCACUAUCUACUUUGGCUUGAAUUUUAUUCUACCCUUGCUUUUUUCUUAAUUGCCAAAGCAAAGACACAAGUAGACACAGAGUUUACUUUCAUUAUUCCCAACAAUUAUAUAGCAUUGUUGCACUUCAUUCAGACCACGUUUCCAAAAGGGUCACAGUCAAUAUAUGAAUCAAUAUCAAGGAAAAAGAUGCAUCAGAAACUGGAAGAUGUGUUGUUGGACAGAGUGAAAAGGUUUGCAUUUGUCAUUUCGGGACAUGCACAAAGAGCAAAGAUACCGGAAAUCAUUUUAAAGAAAUGCCAGGAAGACAACAAAAAUAGUGUACUACUAGAGAGGCUCAUUAUACUGAACAUGACGAUGUUAUGCAAUGUAGGGAAAAGUGUACCGGUAGAAUGUGAGACAAGUCUCGUCAAUUCUAUUAACAAAACUUUCUCUUCGCCCAGCAUACCACCACGACUGAUGAAAGUUCAUGAUAAAGUAAAAGAGUUCAAAGGUAUCAGAGAUGUUGCAAACUUUUUGAAAACGUUCCUAAAUUGUCGAAAUGUGAGCGAACUACUUCAUGCCGUUAAAUGGACGCCGCACUGCAAAGAAAAAUGUACUGUUUUAGAAUUAGAUAUCAAUUUACUCCCUUCAGCAUUCCUAAAGCAGAAAUCUACAGCACGUAUGGUCGAAACGCAAGAAUCAGUUGAGGACAUUCCACAAGAUGCGGACCUUACACAGGAAGAAGUCUUACGGACUUUAGUAGAAAAGCAUCAGCUAUAUGUUACAGAAAGUAAAACCCUAAAGAAACAAACAACAGACAUCGACUCUGCUUCGCCCUAUGAUGACAUUCUCGAUUUUGUUUGGAUUGAUGACAACGAAUGUAGGGCUUGUGGGUUUGGCUUUGAAAGUAACUUAUUACUAGUAACCAAAUCAACAGGAAAGGAACUUGAAACUGGAGAGAACCAAAUAUUUAGACAAUCAAAGGAUUCGGAUAGUACAGUGGAUCCUAUGCAACGACAAGAUAGCCAGAUUGAAAAUGAUACCUUCAAACAAAUGUUAACUAAAGCAAAGCACGAACAUGAAAAUGAUCCCAUGCAUAUCCAAAACAUUGAGCACUUGGAAAGCUUUAAACGCAGUUAUGAAACGCAUUUAAAACCAUUAAUAAAUCGUGUUUAUGAUUUCCUUCAUAAUGAGAAAUACAACUUGUUUGAUGAAACCUACAUUUCAAAGCACUACAAAGACUAUAAAGACGAAAUACAGAGGCUGAAAAGAAAUCAUUUUAGAAUAGAAAAUGAGCUUAAAGAAAAAGUUUAUAACAGAAAGUGGCCUGAAAAGCAGAAAUAUGUAAAUCAGAUAGCAGAUGAGCUGAAGAACGACCUAGACUUGAUAAAUGCUUAUGUGGAAGAACAAACAAAGAAAAUCGGGAUACAAAAUAGCUUAGGUGCAGCCGGAAUAGAAGCGAGUGCAGCUUCUAAUGAAGAUAAGGGUACUGAAGAGAAUGACUUCGAGAAAGUUGUCCCUGAACCAAGAAAACUAAGAAGGAGAAACAGAACAGCAAAGGAAAGGGGAGAAAGCCGGAAGUUACGUUUGAAGAAUAAAAACAAGGACAGACAUGAAUAUGACGUUUGAGCGCAAAAACGUUGUUUGUAAAAUAAUAUUUGAUCAAAAACAAGACUGUGUACUUGUAUCCAUCCGUUUUAUUUUAGCUCACCUGAGCACAAAGUUUUCAAGGUAAGCUGUAGUGAUCAUCCUAUGUCAGUCGUCCAUCAUCGUGCGUCUCCGUUGUACGGAGUGCGUCGUCAAGAAUUCGACUUUUAACACUAAAGACUCAUAACAUGUUCAUAAUAUUGGACCAAUAAUUAAUUCUUAAUGAAUCUUGGCCAGAAUAUGACCCAAAACAAAGUCUCGGAUGAGUUUUUCCCAGGGUUGUCUGGGAUUAAAAACUAGGUCUCUAGGUCAAUUCAUAGGGAACCCUUGAUAACAUGCUAAAGGUCACAUUUUCUAUCAAAUCUUCAUAAGACUUCGUCAGAUAGUUUGUCUUUAUCAAAUCUAGGUCAAGUUUGAAACUGGGUCUUAAUCUAGGUAACUACAUCAAAAACAUUGUUGACAUGCUAGAGGCCAUAUUUUCUUUCUAAUUUUCAUUAGGAUAGAUUAAAAUGGGAAAACCUGAAGUUAAAAACUAGAUCACUGGGUCAGGUCAGAAAAAAAACAUUUUUGCACUUUUUAGAGGCCAAAUUUUCUACUUGAUCCUCAUAUAACUUUUUCAGAAUGUUUGUAUUUAUUAAACUUUGGUCAAGUUUAAAACUUUUUACCUGGGAUCUCAAAAACUAGGUCACUCGGUCAAAUCAUUGAAAAACCUUGUUAGCACUCUAGAAGCCACAUUUUCCAUUUGACCUUCAUAAAACUUUUCAGAAUGAUUAUCUUCAUGAAAUGUAUGUCAAGUCUAAACCGGAAGUCUUAACUAAUCACUAGCUUAUAUAAUAGAAAACCCUUAUUAGCAAUGUCGAGGCCACAGUUUCUCAUUGAUCAUCAUAAACCUUUGACAGAAUGUUUAUCUCUAUGACAAAUGGGUCAAGUUAAAAUCUAGAUUACCUGUGCUCUGAAACUAGGUCAUUAGGUUAAAUCAUAGAAAAACACUGUUAAAGCACUUAAGGCCACAUUUUCUACUUGAUCUUUAUGAACUUUGACAGUAUAAUUGACUUUAUAAAAAUUAGGUCAAGUUGAAAACCAGGUUAUUUCAGAUAUUCAACUUGAUCACUAGGUCAAAUCGUAGGAAAAAAAAACUUUUUCACACUCCAAAGGACAAAUUUUCCACUUGAUCAUCAUAAGUCUUUGUCAGAAUGUUUGUCUCUAUGAAAUAUGUCAAGCUGACAAGUGAGAUGCCGAAGAUCAAACACUAGGUCACUAGGUUAAAUCAUAGAAUAUACCUUGUUACCAUUCUAGACGCCACAUAUUCUACUUCAUCUUUGUGAUACUUGGUCAAAAUGUUCGCUUGUUUAAAAUCUAGGAUAAGUUUGUAAUUUGGUCAAUUGCGUGAAAAACUAGGUCACUUGAUGAAAAAAAAACUUUGGUAAUGAUCCGCCUGAUUUACAUAAAACAUGGAGCGUGUACGUUGUAUAUAUUUUACUUUGUGUUUGUAUUUUUAUAUCUAUCAUAUAUACUUUUCACCUUAAAUUAAAAAGUUAUGGCAAAAAAACGUAUUUCAGUUAAUGAUAUUAUUCACUUUGCCUUUUGAGUUUGUUUCCAGAUUCGAACCGUUGAACUAGGUAUGGUUUUGUGAGCAAGUAAUGUAAUGUAAUCUCCUUUCAUUUUAUUGUUACGUUGAUAAACGUUAAUUUCCGUGCAAAAUUCAUAAACUUCCGUUAGCGGAUAUAGAAAAUUCAAUACGACUUCUAAAGUCUCAUCCGACAAACCCUAUGACUUUACAAAUAUUAAUAUUUUAAUGAAGUCAUUCGGAUAUAACCCUUGAAAUUUCUAUUUGCUUUUAUUUCCCUGUGCCAGAAUCAAAUAUAAAUAAAAGGAAUGGUAUUUCAUUCUACAGUUACAUAGCUCCAGCAUUAAGCAAGUCACCUUUUUUCAAAUUUUGACCAAUAUUCAAUUUUCUUUCUGCAAAGAAACUUACACUGAUAUAUGAGCCGCACCAUGAGAAAACCGACAUAGUGCAUUUGCGACCAGCAUGGAUCCAGACGAGCCUGCGCAUCCGCGCAGUCUGGUCAGAAUCCAUGCUGUUCGCUUUCAAACCUUAUUGCAAUUAAAGAAACCGUUAGCGUACAGUAUGGACCUUGGCUAGACUGCGCGGAUGCGCAGCCUGGUCUGAUCCAUGCUGGUCGCAAAUGCACUAUGUUGGUUUGCUCAUGGUGCGGCUCAUACAUUUUAAUUGUUAAAUUUAAAUGUCAACGGAAGGUUUUGUUAUUUGUUAGUGUAAAUUAAUAACAAUGCUGUUGAAAAUAUAUGUAUGCAGUUAUUAACAGAAAAAAGAAAUUACAGUGUAAGAGAAAUCAGUCUGUUCUGCAGAAAAUGCUGUAAUCCUUGAUAGUUUGUUUAAACAUUAGUUGAUAUGUAUAUAUGCAAUAAAUAGUAUUAA